AUAACAUUGGAAGACCUUCAAAGUUCGACGUGAACAAAAGUGAAAAAACAGUGACUUUGAAUCGGAAGUGGAACCACUUUAGUCUUGAUCACUUUUAAAAGUCGAAAGAAUCAAACCAAACAACAAGACCCAUGUUCAAUUGUCUCUCUCCCAAAAUUUACAAAACGAUCACUCACCACACUUCCAUGGAUGAGUCAGCGAGACAAAGCUUAUCCUCAGAGAAUAAUACGACCAAUGAUGUCUUGCCGAGUGAAGAUGAGCUCGAUGACCGUCUAAGCUCCGACUCAAAGACCGAGUCAAACUGGAGCUCUGACUCGACAACCUCGACGGGACUGUCAGAGGUCAUGCGAGUCUUAUCUGAUUCUCUACUGAGAACAGAACUGGCGGAGAUGGAGAUGAUCAAGGCUCGCGAGGCAGCAAGGUGGGAAGCUGAGAAGAGAAGGAUGGAAAUGGAAGUGGAGUUGACUCGCAUGGUGCUUCAGACUCAUCUGCAAGCAACGACGUCGUCUUUGUUACAUAUCAAAGAAGAACAGAAGAUUUCUCCGUCGCCGAGGAAAAGGAAGAGAUCAAAAGUUAUAGAAGACGAGUCCUCCUCCAUCACAAGGGACAAGAGUUUAGCUUUAUUGAGCUUACUCCAACUUAACCUGAUCUUCUCGAACUCACUUACCUGAAUAAACUAAAGUGUCAAAGUCAAAAAGAUGAACUGGAGAGUCAUGACUUACGCUCAGAAGCCGUGUUUACUUACUAUAUAUACUAUUAUUAGUUGUUAUUAUGUGUGGUUUACUAUAUAAUGGUUUACCCUUAUUUUCCAACGUCCCUAACAGAGGGGAGUCCCUAAUGAAUUCAUUUUAACAAUUUACAGGCUAUGUUGUGAAUCAAAUUUAAAUAUAAGAUGUGUCUUUUAGUACCCUCUCAAAUUCCAUGUAGUGAAAGCAGUCCUUAAUCUUUAAGCAAUGUUUUUUCUCCACCA